AUGGAAUUUGAAAAUAGCACCGAAACAUCCGAAUGGCUACCUCCGCCAUUUGACGCAAGCGUCCCAAAUAUUUUAUUGGCAAUAACUCUUGCGAUUCUUGACAUUCUUAUAAUUUUCGGAAACCUUUUGGUACUUUUGGCGUUUGUAAUGGAGAAACAUCUGAUGCAACCGUUUAAUAUGUUUAUUUUGAAUUUGGCUGUGACGGAUUUUAGCGUUGCUAUUACGGCGAUGACGUUUUACACGUUAGAUACGCUGUUGGGAUACUGGCCAUUCGGGACAAUCAUGUGCGGGGUCUGGAUUUAUUUUGACUUUGCAAUGACAUUUGCCUCAGUAUUUACACUUGUUGCAAUUUCAGUUGACAGGUUUUGGUGCGUAACAUGGGCCAUUCAUUACAGAAUGCACAAUAAUAAAAAUAAAACAGCGUUCGUUAUUGGUUUAAUAUGGGUUUUAGUUAUAGCAAUUUGGACGCCGCCAUUUAUUGGAGAUCGUCUAAAGCACAGCGAACCUCACUCUUGUAUUUGGGAACCUAAUGACAAUACUGAAUUCGUUAUAUUUGUAGCAGUAAUUGGCCAUUAUAUACCAUGUGCGAUCAUGGUUUUCUGCUAUAUAAAGGUUUUUAUGGUUAUGAGGAAACAAUCAUCUCUUGUGACUAGCUCUGCACAGGGAGGUGCUGCAUCAUCGGUGAGAGUUAAUGUGCAGGCUAUUUCAUAUAACAUGUCUGGCAAUUCCUCGAAAACUUCAAAUGUUUACUUUGGCAACACUCAUUCAAACGACCAACUUGCUGCAAAUGAAACAUCUAACGGACGCUUCUUGACGCCAACAACUUCAUUGUGUAUCGUAGGAAACCAGAAUUCACCGCCGUCAAGGUCACCAAGUCAAGCAGAUGACACGGAUGCCCCGAGCAACCAAACACAAUCAGCAAACAGGCCAUACCGUGUGUCCAACAGUCAGCAACGUGAACAGAGAAUAUUCAUUACCCUAACGUACGUUCUACUUAGCUACUUGAUAUGUUGGUUCCCAUUUUACAUAGCGUUCGAUACAUACGCAUGGAAACCUGAACUGGUACCAGCCGGAUUAUAUUCGUUCUUCUUCUGGUCUACUUACGUUAAUUCUACUUUAAAUCCUUUCAUCUAUGCUUUUACUAACAAGGAAUUUCGUUUGGCGUUCAUCAAAGUUUUGAAAAGAAUCUGUAGUUUCUCGAAGAAUAGAGAAACAGCUUGAUUAUACAGCCUUUUGCUUUGAGAGCGCCAUCUUGAAAAAAAAUCCAACAAAACAACAAAAACAAGCACUUGUUAUGACGUCAUGACGCCAACCUUUUCCCCAUACUUUUGGUUCAAAUAAAACUGUAUUAGAUGUCCAUACUCUAU